AUGUCCUUGGAAAAUACCAGUUUCAUGUUAUCAGACAAAAUAGAUGUUCAAUUUAUUGCCAAACCCUGUGCACUCUAUAUUGGCAUUGAGGACAGUGGUCCUUAUGAGGCUCCACCCAAUGCCAUUCUUGAAAAGGUGUUUGUCUCUAUCACCAAGUAUCCUGAUCAGAAAAGGCUGGAGGGCCUAUCAAAGCAGCUGGACUGGGAUGUCCGAAAAAUCCAGCGCUGGUUUCGCCAUCGGAGGAAUCAGGACAAGCCUCCAACGCUCACUAAGUUCUGUGAAAGCAUGUGGAGAUUCACUUUUUAUUUAUGUAUAUUCUGCUAUGGAAUUAGAUUUCUCUGGUUGUCUCCUUGGUUCUGGGACACCCGACAGUGCUGGUAUAAUUAUCCAUUUCAGCCUCUUUCAAAAGGGCUUUAUUACUAUUACAUUGUGGAACUGGCCUUCUAUUGGUCUCUUAUGUUUUCUCAAUUUACAGACAUUAAAAGAAAGGAUUUCCUGAUCAUGUUUGUGCAUCACUUGGCUACCAUUGGGCUCAUCACCUUCUCUUAUAUCAACAACAUGGUUCGGGUCGGAACUCUGGUCUUGUGUCUGCAUGAUGCCUCAGACUUCUUUCUGGAAGCUGCCAAGCUGGCCAAUUAUGCCAAGUAUCAGCGGCUCUGUGAUACCCUUUUUGUGAUCUUCAGCGCUGUUUUUAUGGUCACUCGUCUAGGAAUCUACCCACUGUGGGUUCUGAACACGACCCUCUUUGAAAGUUGGGAAAUAAUUGGGCCAUACCCUUCCUGGUGGUUCUUCAACGGCCUCCUCCUGAUCCUGCAGCUUCUGCACAUCAUCUGGUCCUACCUAAUAACACGAAUUGCUUUCAAAGCCUUGCUCCGAGGAAAGGUGACCUGCCCAGGAGGAUUAGACCCAGACUCUGUACUCUGCACUCUUUUCUCACCUCCUUCCCUCUUUCUAUGCCUGGUGGGAGCUGGACAGCUUCAUCUCUCGCAUGUGUCCAAGGAUGAUCGCAGUGACGUGGAGAGCAGCUCAGAGGAAGAGGAUGAAGCUCUCAGUACUAAAAGCCGCACUGGCAACAGCUCCAGCAAUGGUGCCAACUGGGUAAAUGGGCGUGGGGGCAGCUGCUGGGCCAAAGAGUAAAUUGGAUGGCUUGGGGACUGCCGCAGACAAGGACGUACAGGGCCACUGACAACCUCCUCCUUCUGGGCCUCCCCACAUCUACAUUCCUGAGACUGACGGGACUGCAAGGCACUGAGGAGAAUCAAAGAAACAAAUAUGUUCACUUUUGUUUUUUAACUCUGCCAUUUUGUAUUUAAUAUCCUCCAGAUCCUUUGAGUAAUGUUAUUUGCUCUGCAAGUGUAUGUUUUGUUUUGUGUGUGUUUGUGUGUACAUUUGUGCAUAUGCAUGAGUUCCAUUGCCUGAGUUGGGGCACAAUUCCAUACUGGAGCCACUAGGCCCUGCCAGGACCCUUUCGGACCCAUGUCCAUCCCAGGCUGCAGCUUGAACUGUUCUUUCUCUGGGCUCUCUCCUCCCUUGUGCCGAUGGCUCUUGAAACUCAAUUCCUGGAGCAUCUGAAGGAAGCCAUGAGGUCUCUCCAUUGUUCAUUUUUGGAGCGGAGACUAUUUAACAUGAUGAAAUUGUAUGGAAAGAGGAGCCUUGGAUAGAUGGCCAGAAUUGCUGUGGCCCUAGCUAGAUCUCCUUCCUACCACCCAGUAGUGACAGAGACAACUACUGAUACCCUGCUCUUUACUCCAUGGUACGCAGGGAGGGCGAUGGGAGGGGGAGAGCUGGGGCUGGAGGAGGACUACAGCCACUGGGUGUGCUGUUAACGGUUUCAUACUGUUGUUUACUCUUCUGUGAUUAAAGUGCUUCAACCUC